UCGAGAUCUGGAAAACGAAUGAGGAUUACGAAACGACCGGAGGACAGAGCGAGAGAGAGCCAGUGCACUGACUGCCCUUUGGUGUCUUGAUUUACCUCAGCGAAUCCUCUCUCCCUGGAACCUCAGCGAAAAAGUGUAAAAAAUCACCAGGAUGCAGGCGAAUAUCUGGAGCAUGAUGACAACAGUCAGGCCUGCAGUUGUCAAACGUGUCGUCAACCCCACGAUAUCGGCGAUGCAGCAGAGGAGGUACGCCAGCUCCAUCGAUGCUGAUGUCGUGGUCAUUGGAGCUGGACCUGGAGGUUAUGUUGCUGCUAUCAAAGCAGCUCAGCUUGGGAUGAAGACUGUCUGUGUUGAGAAAAAUCCAACCCUGGGAGGCACCUGUCUCAAUGUCGGCUGUAUCCCGUCGAAAUCACUUCUCAAUAAUUCACAUUAUUACCACAUGGCACAUAGUGGGGACUUGAAUAACCGUGGAGUCGUUGUUGAGAACGUUAAAUUGGACCUCAGCAAGCUUCUGGAGCAGAAGGACAACGUGGUGAAAGCCCUGACGGGGGGAAUCGCCGGUUUAUUCAAGAAAAACAAGGUCGAGUGGGUCAAGGGGCAUGGGAAGAUAACGGGGAAGAACCAAGUGAGUGCUCUGGGGCCUGAUGGAUCCGUGGAGACAACUAUCAACACCAAAAACAUCAUCAUUGCCACUGGGAGCGAGGUAACUCCCUUCGCUGGGAUCGAGGUGGAUGAGAAGACCAUUGUCUCCUCCACGGGGGCUCUCUCAUUGAAUCCAGUCCCCAAAAGACUGAUUGUUAUCGGUGCUGGGGUAAUUGGGUUGGAAUUGGGAUCUGUCUGGCAAAGGCUGGGAUCAGAUGUCACAGCUGUUGAGUUCAUGCCAUCGAUAGGAGGUGCAGGAAUCGACGGAGAAGUGAGCAAAUCCCUCCAGAAGAUCCUCGCCAAACAAGGGCUGAACUUCAAACUCGGGAACAAGGUAACAGCAGCUGAGAGAACCAGCGAUGGAAUCAACGUGACUAUCGAGGAUGCCAAGGAUCCCAGCAAGAAGGAGACGCUGGGCUGCGAUGUGCUGCUGGUCUGUGUGGGCAGGAGGCCCUAUACUCAGAACCUGGGGCUCGAGGAUUUGGGAAUUGAGAGAGACGAGAAGGGAAGAGUGCCGGUUAACAACAGAUUCCAGACUGUGGUCCCCAACAUUUAUGCAAUUGGCGAUUGCAUUCAUGGCCCCAUGUUGGCUCACAAGGCUGAGGAUGAAGGCAUCAUCACAGUGGAAGGCAUUGCUGGAGGUGCUGUUCACAUCGACUACAACUGUGUUCCGAGUGUCGUCUACACCCACCCAGAAGUCGGUUGGGUUGGCAAGACAGAGGAGGACCUCAAGAAGGAGGGAAUUGACUACAAAGUCGGUAAAUUCCCCUUCAUGGCGAACUCCAGGGCCAAGACAAACCUGGAGACCGAUGGUUUCUGCAAGGUUCUGGCCUGCAGCAGCACCGACAAAAUUCUGGGAGUCCACAUGAUUGGGCCAGCUGCUGGUGAGCUCAUCAACGAGGCUGUCCUCGCGAUGGAGUACGGCGCCAGUGCUGAGGACGUCGCCAGGGUCUGUCACGCCCAUCCCACCUGUUCUGAGGCACUCAGAGAGGCCCAUCUCGCUGCCUACUUUGGCAAACCCAUAAACUUCUAAGAGCUCGUCGAGAGAUACAAACGAAAGAAAAGUGAAAGCCAUCUUUUAGCUUUUAAACCCCUAGUCCGAAGAGAACUGUGAGCAGAGACGAGAGCCUCAUUGGAUUGUGAAAUAAUUUUUUUACUGAAAGAACGGGUGAAAUACGACAAUUCUGGGAAAAAUAUUUGUGUUUAAUAUUUUUCAUUACACUUUCAUAUCCAGUAAAAAAAAUAUAAAUAUCCAGUAAGAGAAAUCUCAUGCAAAUCCCAAUUGGAAAAAUUCACCGGGCAUUGCACUUUGGCUCAGACCCGUGAGAUUGGUGGGUUGUAAAUAAUUUGAAUAAUGAAAGAAUCGUUGAUUAUUUUGAGACGCCGAUGGCACUCGACUCUGUACGAUUGAUUAAUUGUAUUUAUUGAAAAUAAAUUGGUUCGGCCACGA